AUGGGUGGCAUCGGAAGAGAGGGUGGCAAGGCCAAGCCUUUGAAAGCGGCCAAGAAGGAGAAAAAGGAGUAUGAUUCGGAGGAUGAAGCUCACCUGGCCAAGCUGAAGGCUGAUGCCCAGGCCAAGAAGGCGAUGAUCGAAGCGGCCAAGGGCAAGAAGGGACCCCUCAACACCGGCCAGCAGGGUAUCAAGAAGUCCGGCAAGAAAUAA